AUGGCCGACAUCAAACUGGACUUUGAAAAGCUCUCGAUGGAGUUUUCUCGACAGCAAAACAGCAUCAACGACUUGGCAGAUGCUCGUUCCAAGCUUGAGACGCAGUACCAGGAAAACAAAAUUGUGCUUGAGGAAUUUGAGUUUUUGAACGAAGACUCCAAAAUCUACAAGUUGACCGGGCCCGUGUUGAUGCCGCAAGACUUUGGAGAGGCCAAGAUGAACGUGACCAAGAGAAUUGAGUUCAUUCAGGGCGAAAUCAAAAGGGUGGAAGACAAGAUCGAGAAGGAGCAGAAACUGAUGGAGGAAACGAGGAAUAAGUUGUUGGCUGUGAGAGCCCAGAUGGGCAACUAA